CAACAACAAAGUCCGGCAGCGGAGCGCGCAGCACCGACCACCGACCAGCGUCGCUCGCGUCGCCCGGAAGAGCUGUUUCACGUCUCCGCUAGUUGACAGGCGUAAAGAGUGACCACUCACUCACUCACUCACUCGGUCACUCACUCAUUUGGAGUUUCAUGUCGACUGACAUGUCAGGAGCUCCCUGAAGUCACGCAUUUCCGCGCUUGUGUUCACUCAUGCAACGGUGCGUGAGACUGCACGUGAGACGAGUUGUGCAUGCGGACAAACUUGCAGGAGCUCAUAGGUCGGUGUGAGUGUGCUGCUGCUGCUGCUGUCUGUGGGAGGAUAUCUGCAGACUGCUGCCGCCGCUGCUGCUGCUGUUGCUGCUGCGCGUAAACUUGCAGCGUAAACAUUACGGGGGCUCACUUGUCGACUGCCCGUGCGAGCACUUUAUCGAGAUGGAGUGGAAGAGCGUGGGUCGUAUGUUCCUGUUCCCGUUGCAGAUGUUGUAUCACAUAGUCAGGGGCACUUUGGUGUCGCUGUUGCCAAGCAGAAGGAAGGACCUGACCAAGGAGGUGGUAUUGAUCACCGGUGGGGGACGAGGCAUUGGACGUCACCUCGCCAAAGAGUUUGCCAAGCAGGGAGCCAGAAAGGUGAUCUUAUGGGGCCGGACAGAAAAAUGCCUCAAAGAAACGACUGAAGAGAUUUCCCUCUCAGGAACAGAGUGCCAUUACUUUGUGUGUGAUGUUGCCAAUCGUGAAGAAGUUUACAAGCAAGCCAAGGUGGUUCGAGAAAAGGUGGGAGAUGUUACGAUAUUAGUGAACAACGCAGCUGUAGUCCACGGCAAAAGUCUCAUGGACAGCGACGACGACGCCCUUCUGAAAUCCCAACAUAUCAACACCUUGGGACAGUUCUGGACUACAAAGGCCUUCCUGCCAAGAAUGCUGGAGCUGCAGCACGGCCGUGUCGUAUGCAUAAACUCCAUCCUGUCCCAGUCUCCCAUUCCUGGGGCCAUAGAUUAUUGCACCUCCAAGGCCUCAUCACUGGCCUUCAUGGAAAGCCUGACACUGGGUCUGCUGGACUGUCCUGGUGUUGGCUGCACCACAGUGCUUCCCUUCCACACCAAUACAGAGAUGUUCCAGGGCAUGAGAGUCAGGUUUCCUCAGCUCUUUCCUCCUCUCAAACCUGAGGUUGUUGCCCAGAGGACAGUGGAGGCAGUGAGAGCUGAUAAGGCUUUCCUCUACCUGCCCUGGACGAUGCAUGCCCUUGUACUUCUUAAAAGCUUCAUGCCACAAGUUGCACUUGAGGAAAUCCACAAGUUUUCUGGGACUUAUACCUGCAUGAACACGUUCAAGGGGAGGACAUGAACCUGGAGUUCACGGAUUGUGGGAGUGACCUCAACAUCUCUGGGGUAUAAUGAAGGGAAUAGGGACCUUGAAGACAUCUGGAAGCACAGGAGGCCCCUUAAUAGUCUGAAGAAAAAAAUACUUAGGGGACAUUCACUAGGGGAAUACUUGUGCAGGCAGAAUCAAUCACAACACUGCAGAAAACACCCUCGUCCCAUUUGUAUGUGCGAGUGCAUAUCUGUAUGGUAUGGAGGACUGAAUGCAAUUCUCACAUUGAACACAAGCCAUGCAUAGAUCUAUACCAGUAGUCGUUCUGGUAGUUUUUUGUUUUUUUUAUGAUACUUUUAGUCUGUUUUUACGCGUUUUUUUUAUUUUUAUCUGCCUUUUUAAUGUGUCUUUGAAUCAAAACAAAGUAAUAAAGUGAAGUUUUAGAGACACACCGGGCGUCUUUGUGCACAACGAAAAUAGAAAAGAAAUGGAUUUGUGGGAGGUACAGAUUAUAUGGUGUCUGGAUUUUGACUCCCACAGCAGCGUGAUAGCACCUUUGAUUCAUUCCAAGCAUGAGAUCAGAGACUGUGACAGACGAUGUUGUCAAAACACACACUCUGACGGGGGGGGGGGGGGGGGGGGUGCAUGUGUAUUCCUGUUUGCUCUCUGCUGUCAGAUAAUGGUGCAGCAGGCUCGUGUAAAUAUCCAUAAACAUGAUGUUCUCAAAGUAAGUUGUUCAGGACUUUAUUCUCACACGUCCAGAACACCCCCCCACCCCCCCCCCCAUGCAAUGAAGAUUUUGGAAUUCUGGAAGGACAACAGUCAUAUUGGGGCUUUAAUUAUGAAGGUUUAGAGUUAACUGAAACAAAUAAAUCUAUUUUAUUGUUUGUCA